AUGGUGAUCUAUAGCCUGCGUAUACGCAAUUUGAACGUUUUUCGUGCUGAUGCAAUUGAACUAUGGAAACGAGGUCCUCAAAAAUGCGCAGGUCACAGGGAAGGUGCCAGAAGAGUACGUACCGGAGAGUUCAACGUUUCACCUGGAGGUAUGCGCCUGUCUACGCGCGCUAGACGUGGCACACCAGCGGGAGAUCAACAUCGUACCCUUCGUCAUGGACAUCGUCGUGCCGCCGAAAGUGAGAAAGAUCGCUUAUACGCAGACAUUUGCGCACAGAAAGAGUACAGCAUAAAACCGCCACAAAUAUCGGAAGCUCACCGAUUGUCUGACAAGGUUAGAAGCGGGCAGACCGACGAACUCAGCGCCGCCGGGCACCAUCAGGCCUACCUCGCGCGCAAAAACGCCGGCGAGAAGGCCAAGACACACGAGACGCAAAACGAGCAUCCCGCGGCCGCUGGCGACUCGGGAAUCGCGACUCCGGUGCAGCACACGCAGGAAACGGUGAGCUAUGGCGAGCCGACUGUAGUCAAGGACGAGUUUCCGCAAGGUUACGACAACAUGGAGUACGAGGGGGACCCUAUGUACGAGUCGUCAGUGGCUCUCGCACGCCGCCUCCAAGAGGAGCUCAACAGGCCAGCGCCUCCGCGAGAGGAGGUACGCGCACCGGAUUCGACCUACCAGGAGCGCAUGCUAGGCCCUGAAAUCGACGACGACGAGCUGCAAGCUGCGAUCGCCAAGUCGCUCAUCGACAUGUAG